CUUUCCACUUUCACCCACUUUACAGGCAAAUGAGUAUAUAGCCUUCAAUAGAGAAAAAGCCCCCUUUUUUUCUCCCCUUCCAUUCACUGGGAAUAAUGCUCAGUUUUCAUUCUCAGCCGGGCUUGUAUCAUUCCCACCCCUUGGAUUUAGUGAAAGCUGAUACUAUUAGGGCUGCUAGACCUCCCACUAACCAGCCACUCCUUCCCCUUUUCAGCCUGGUGAGAACAAGUUAAAAUCACAAGAGGAAAAAGAUAUCCAAGAGGGGAAGCUGCUUCUCUCCUGGAGCUUGAUCGCUACAAUAGGUUUGGCACCGGGGCAAUCUCAAAUGAUGAACGUCUAAAUUUAUUGGAUUUUCCAUGUUUGUGAUUAGGGAAAUAACCUUAAGUUCUGGGCAAGCCUUCAACGAUGACACCGCAAAACAUCUAAAGCAAAAAUAGGAGCUUGGAAUCAGUACUGAAAUACCCUUGUUCAUCAACUCAACCUCGGUGAUGGUUUACUAGAAGAAGACAAUCCAUUGCACAUAGAGUUCUACUUGAGUUGGACAAAGAUAAACGUAGAGUGAUGGCGGUGCAAGCUCCAAUCAUGAACCACCAGUUUAUGUCCUUGUACAUUCCCGCAUCCAUUGCGGACUAUGAGAAAAGUUACCAAGAAGGAGUGGACUACCUUGGAGCUGUUGAAAGUGGUGACUUCAAAGAAACGACCAAGGACCUGCUCAGCUUCAUCAACACGGCCUCCAGCAAUAUAAAGAUGGCUUUGGACAAACCGGUAAAGUCAAAGAGGAAAGUCAACCAUCGCAAGUACCUGCAGAAGCAGAUUAAGAGGUGCACAGGUUUGAUGGGCAGCGGGAAUUUAAAUCAGGGAUCUCCUAAACGGUCGCCUACAUCACCCGGUAACAGCAGCAUGAGCCCCUCAGGCUUCCCCUGUAAGCCCCCUACAAAGAGAGACAGCACGCAGUCCAAUAUGCAAAGCAAAAGCCUGGCAGCUCUUUUUGACAGUGCCAAGGAGAUCCGUGGGGAAAGGUGUAAGAAGGUACCUUUAAGGAACCGCAAUUUGCCACCAUCUUUCUUCACCGAGCCCGAGACUCCUUCUUUGGGGCUUCUUUCUAAUUCUGGGGUGGCUUUGAGAGACCUGGGAAAGUGUAACCAAGAAACUCUGGAGUUUUUUGACUUUCUAAACUCUGAUUACAACAACACGUCAGACCAAGAGAUUAUCCAAGGGGCAUCGGUGAGGGUACAUCAGGACGUUUCAGCCGAGCAGUCCCUCUAUGAGCCCCAUCACUUGUUAAGUGGCUUCCUUUAUUCCGACAUGUGGAAUCCAUGUAAUCAAGUUAAAAAGAGCCCCGUGGGAUCCUGCAACCUCGGCUUCAAUGAGACUUUGAAAAGUGCCCCCUUGCAAGGUGCCCUGUAUCCAAAUAACCAGGAUCCGGCCAUGGCUUCCCCAGUAGAUGACACUUGCCCCAAUCUCACGACAUAUACCCCCUGUUUCCCCUCUGACUGUUCCCUUCCGCAGAUAUUUUACGACUAUAACUCACAGAAUUGCAACAGAAUUAGUUACCCCGUUAUGUAGACGUCAACAAGGACUCCUUAAAGGAGCCGUGUGCAAUAAGGAUGAUGUGGAGUGUGUACCUCAGUUCUACAAGACUAAUGUUGUUCACAAGGGUGCAAUUGUUUUGGGUGGUGGUAGUGGGGGGUUCUUUGUCCCCCUAUUUAUUUUAGGACGUGCGCUUUCAUCAACUGUUAAAGGAACAGAAAAUACUUUUCUAUAUUUGUUACAUUUGAGAGAUAAGUAUAAAGUGUAGUUUGAAGACGGCUGGUUAGAAAGUAGAACAACAGGUCUUUCGUGGAGAUCUGAGUGUUGUAGUUCAGCCAGGACGCUGGAUAAUAGGCACCUCGGUCCAAGAACAAAAGUUCUAUAGAAGGAUAUGGGCAGCCGGGUAAGUGUUAUCCCCAGUUCUACCAGCACUUCUCUUCUCUUAACCUUAGAACCUUUAAAGAGGCGGUUCACCUUUGAGUUAACUUUUAGUCUGUUAUAGAAUGAUCAACUUUUCAAUUGGUCUUCGUUAUUUUAUUUUUUUAAAGAUUCUUAAUCAUUUGCCUUCUUCUUCUGACUCUUUCCAGCUUUCAA